AUGUCGAACAAAGCCAUCUGUAGAUCCGUAGUCGAAGACGGCAAGCAGUUGUCUCAGUGGUUCAAAAUGGUGUCACUAUCGCAGGGAAUGAAUCCAAACAUUGGAAACCGUCCAACCAGCGUCGACGACUGGUCACCCGCAUUCAACAUGGAUAUUUCAUUCAGUUCGACACUGUUCUCACUGCUCGACGUCAUUGGUCGCAACCGUCAGGAAAUCGAGCGAGUCAUUCUACAGGCGUCGCAAGUGCUCGGACAGUGGAUUCUCGGCUGGAUUGCCGUGCAUCAAGAGAAACUCGAGUUAAAACAAGCAGAUAUCUCACAGAUCAUUCAGCACUCUACCAAAACCGAUGGAUUCUCUUUCCACUUGGUUUUGCACCGUAGCAUUGCAGCAUUUGUACAUUUGGCAAUCUCGGAGCUCUCCAGCGAGUUCUUUGCUGCCGGUGGACUCCACGGAAUCUUCUCGCGUAUCAUCGGUGAGAACAGCAUGAUCUCACUGGUCGACUAUGCCAAGUGUUCGAUUGCACAUCCACUGCGAUUGAUUGCUGCGCUCGGCGAGAUCAAGGCUGGACUGUGGCGUGCUCACGGUCGCGAGGAAGACAUGCAACUCCAAACAAUGAUGUACCUCAGUCUGCACUUCCAGCGAUUCUACGAUUUGGACAUCUUUUUGAUACAGAUUGGCUCGGUUUUGAUGGGUGCCAAUCCAUUUUUCAGUCAGGCGCUCACCGAGUACAGCUUACAAGAUUGGUUCAGAAUUGAAUUGCCAACAUCGAGUUCAUCGUCGGCCAUUCCAUUCCCAACACCAAGUAAAGCACUCAGACAAAGUUCUGGUGCUGUAAAGACAACACCAGCGGCAACAACAACAACAACAACAACCACUACAACACCAACAACAAGAGUAAAGACAGCAGAGGAAAAAGAACAAGAAAAAGAAGCAAAGGAAAAGAAAAAGCAAGCAGAUGAAUUUAACAAAAAGAAGAUUUUGGCAGAGGAUUUCAUUCAAUUCAUCAUUAUGAUAUCGACUAACAAGACAUUGAUUGGUAUGACAGCUCAAGAAAUCAUUCGUAAGGAAUUGAUUCAUCGUUUAUGUCUUGGUGAUGCCACCCAUUCACAACUAUUAAGAAACGUCAAGAGUAAUCUAAUUCAACAUCCAGAUUUCGAAAAGAUUCUAAAUGAAAUUGCAACUUUCCAAACUCCACAAAAGACUGAACAAGGAAAAUAUCAAUUGAAAGAAUCAUGUUGGGCAGAGUUUGAUCCAUAUUUCGCACAUUACAAUGUUCAAGAUCUUCAAACUGCUGAGGAGCGACUUCAAGAGUUUAACAAUAAGACCAAAUCCAAUAUUUCACGUGGAACCUAUAUGACCUACAAGACAUUGCCAUGUAUGGAACCAAUCGAUACUAUUUUAUGCUCGAAAGCAGUUCACCAAGUUCUCUUCACAGUGCUUCAAAAUCACUUGGUAAACUCACAGAAAUCAACAGAAACAUUGCUCACUCAUACACUCCAUGCUUUGGAGCUUUGUGUCGUUCAAACACAAACCAUGCUUUCGAAACAACAGGUAACCGAGUUACCAUCGGCAUCGGCCACCCCCAAAAAACAAACAACUCCACAGAAACAACAACAGCAACAAAAGACAAGUCACGACUCACUCGCUACCGAUAUCGACUUCCCUUCAAACAACGAUAUUUUCAUCAACGCCAACUUUGAAGUCAAUAUGGAGAACAAGAAGAUGAGUUUGAUGACUCUUUUGGUCAAGUUGAGUACCACCCAAGGAAUCAAUGGCGAUCACAAACAACAACUUCAAAACAUUCUCAAUAUUCUCAUGGAGAACAACGAUGCCUGCAAGCAAACCGUCGAUAACUACUGGCAAGCCAUCAGAGCCAAGAAGAAUCUUAGCACACCUGGAAAACGCGAGGAUCCAGAGGAGGAGAAGAAACGUUUGGCCAAAGCAAGACAAGCUGCCAUCUUGGCACAAAUGAAAACGCAACAAGCCGCUUUCAAAUUCGAUGAGGACGACGAAGACUAUGAGGAUGAAGACGAUAUCAAUUCGCAAUCGAAGGACAAGAAGGCAGAAAAGGUAGACUCCAAUCUUUUGGUGGUCGACGGACAGAUCUCCACUCACACUUGUGCGCUGUGCAGAGAAGCCGGUUCACUCAAACGGCCAAUGGGUAGAGUUGCAUUCAUCCAGCCAUCGUCGGUCUUGAUGCUCUCCAAGAUGACCGCAGAGGAGAGAAACAAGCGAAUGACUGAAUCCAUCAAGAAGGAUCUCAUUCAGAGCAAGAAAGAUAGCAAGGAAGGUGAGGAAGAGAAUGGAAGAGAGAACCAAAAUACACCAUCGAAUAUCAACGCACAAAACAACAUUCAGAAUGCUCUGAACGAUCUUUUGGGUCAGAAUGAAAUGGACGAAGAGGAUCUCGAGGAUGUCGAUAUGGGAUCGGACGACGACGAUACCGACGAUGAAGUUGGCAAAGCCAUUUCCUAUUUGAACAAACUAUCGAAUUUCAAUAUGUACGGUGAAGGAAUGGAUUUGUUUGGUGAUGGCGACGAGAUGGAUGUUGAAGACGGUUACUAUGACACCUCCGAUGACGAUGACGAUGACAACGACGACAAUGGCACUGACGACGACGACGAUGACGACAACGAAGAUGACGACGGUGACGAAGAUCUCGAUGACGACAACGAAAUGUAUGAUGAUCACGAUCAUCAUCAUCAUAAGUACAAUGUCGUAGAUGAAGUUGAUUAUUUCUCAUCGAUGGAUGAAGACGAUUAUUCUGAUGAUGAAUUGGACGACAACAUCAUUUAUGAGUUUGCCAAUGGUGAAAUUAGACCAAUCAUGCCAAAAACAACAACAACAACCACAACCACAACAACAUCAACAACAACAAACAAUGAUAACAAAAAUAAUAAUAACAAUGAUAAUAACAAUAACAAUGAUAACAAUAAUAAUAGUUCGAAUAACAAUAAUAACUUCACAACUGGUGAACAAGUAUUACGUUUCCUAAAUGAUAUGAGAGGUAGAAUUACUAAUCAUGGCGAUGGAACUGCUACUAUUUUUGCUGGUGACGGCAAUCCAGGAGAUGACGAUGAUAUUAGUGACGACGACAGUGAAGAUGACGGUGUUGGUGGUGGUCAUGGACAUCCUCAUGAUCUCUUUGAUAAUCCAUUCUUUGAAGACGAUUUCGAGGAUGAUGUUAUGGAUAAGUUUUUGGAUAAGACCGAACCGGUCUGUGGAAAUCCAUGGUCCGACAAGUUCAGUGUCCAAGAAGUAUUUAGAAACACUGAGGAAUCGGUCAACCUUCACAUGUCAUUCUGUGGACAUCAAAUUCAUGAAGAUUGCUUCACCGAUUACUCUUGGUCGCUAUUGAAGAAUCAAAACUAUGAAGGUGAAGAGAUUGUUGAUGUCCAGAAAGGUGAGUUCCAAUGUGUGCUGUGUCGUCGUCUCGGUAAUGCUUUGGUUCCUGUCAUUCCAGACAGUGGAUUCAACACACAAACCACUGCUGCAACACCUGAGUUGGAUUCCUAUAACAGCUUCUUGCAGUCGGUCUCCAAGUCACUGACUGGAACCGACCAAUCGAGCAACAGCAACACAGAAUCACUCAAACCUGUAAAGCAAGCAAUCGAGCAGUUUGCAUCGAGAGUUUACAGUGUUCGUUACCAGCUGAAUUUCUACAACUCUGAAUCGAAUGCCAAGGUUUUGCCAUAUAUUGGAUCUGCCAUUGCCUCGACCAUCGCCGACACUGAGCUUGCCAUAAGAGUGCCAGACGACGACCAGCCAAACGUCAACAGUGAAUACAUGUUGUUUAGAAUGACCGAAUCGAAUCGUGUCGAUAUUCGCUCGUUGUUCCGUGUCAGUGUUGCACAUGUCAAGACUCACCAGCCGCUGCAAUACGAGAAUCAGCUGUUGUGGCAAUCGAUAUCCGGUCAGAUGGCCAUGCCAAUGCCAACACUCGAACCAGCCACCGACGAAGAGAAGAAGAAACAGAACCAAGAGCAACAACAAAAGUUGGACAUGGAGUCGUUCCCACCCUUCCUCUCGUUGGAUCUCUUCCACAACUUUGUUCAACUCUACCUGAGAACCUCGGUACAAGACAGCUCCGUCACUGCCAACAAUCGAUUCUACAUGAUGGUCAGAAUGUUCUUUGAUGCCUACCUCACACAAUCGGUGUUCUCUCACUUCAAGACACUCGAAGAGAACCCACAGAUCUCAGAGAUGUUCAUCCUCGAGGUGAACAAACUGAUAACAACACCGAACGAGAAUCAACAAACCAUCAGCGCAAUGCCAGAACACCUGAGCAAUCAAAUUCGUUCGGGUUGUCUUGUCUUUUUGAGAAGAUUGUCGCUGAUUUUGUACGCGUGUCUCAAUGUCAACCCACCGAAACCACAAUCGACAUUGCUCAAUGACGAAGCUGCGGAAACUCAAUACCUGAUGAACUACCUCAAGUUGUCAACUCCAUUCGAAACACAGCUGAUCAAUGUUAUCAACACAUUGAUCACUCACUCUGAUAGUCUUGUGCCAUUGGUAUCGAAAUGGUCAGAACAAAUAUUGUCAUCCUAUGCAAUCUAUCUUUCAAGUGAACCAAACGCAUCAGAUUCAAAUAAUAAUAAUAACAACAACAAUAACAAUAAUGAAAUUCAACUGUACACCCCACCAAUUUCAAUUAUCUCAACACCAAGAAUACCAAAUCCAUUCCUGCUUAUCAAUCUUGAGAGAAACUACAGUGCACUAUCUCAAUAUUACUCAACCGUUCCAUGUUUACAAUGCAAGACAAUCUCUAGUUCACAAGCUCUCUGUUUGAUCUGUGGUACUCUAUGUUGUCUUGGUGGAUGUUGUAAGAGAUUCUUUGAUCAAAAGAAUGAAUAUAUUUUGCACGCUGAGAGAUGCAAUGCAGGUACUUGCAUAUUCUUACUCAUUAAAUCUAGUUCCAUUUUGAUGGUUCAUUUACCAAGAAAGACCUAUUGGAUUUCACCAUAUUUAGAUGACCACGGAGAAGAAGAUCCAAAUUUAAAGAGAGGAAAACCUUUGUUCUUAAAUAUGAGUCGUUACAAUCAACUCAAUUCAUUGUUAGUCAAACAUCAAAUCGAUCAAGAUAGUAAAAUCGCUGAAAAUACUGUUAGAGAACAAUAA